GCCGGGGCAGCUCCGCUUCUUAUAGCGGACCGACAGACGGACAGACAGACAGACGGACGGACGGACAGACAGCGCCAUGGCCAUCCCUUGCGUGGAGCUCGGCAACAAGAUGAAGAUCCCCGCCCUGGGGCUGGGCACCUGGCAGGCUCCCCCGGGAAAGGUGGAAGAGGUGGUGAAAUUUGCUAUUGAUGCUGGCUACCGCCACUUCGACUGUGCCUAUUUCUACCAGAAUGAAAAUGAAAUAGGGAAUGCGGUGCAGCAGAAGAUCAAGGAGGGAGUUGUCAAACGGGAAGACCUCUUCAUUGUCACCAAGCUGUGGAACACGUUCCAUGAGAAGUCCAUGGUUAAGGUAGGGUUCAAGAAGAGCCUUGCUGCACUCCAGCUGGACUACCUCGACCUCUACCUGAUGCACUUCCCCAUGGGAUUCAAGGCUGGUGAAGAGCUGCAUCCUCUGGAUGACAAAGGUCACAGUAUUCCCAGUGACACAGAUUUUCUGGACACAUGGGAGGCCAUGGAAGAGCUGGUGGAUGCUGGUCUGGUAAAAGCCAUUGGUGUCUCCAACUUUAAUCAUGAGCAGAUUGAAAGAAUCUUGAACAAGCCAGGACUGAAGCACAAGCCUGUAAUGAACCAGGUGGAGUGUCAUCCAUACCUGACCCAGGAGAAGUUGGUCAAGUACUGUAAAUCCAAAGGGAUUGCUGUAACUGCAUACAGCCCCCUGGGCUCUCCUAACCGCCCCUGGGCUAAGCCGGGGAACCCACACUUUGGAAGAUCCAAGAUCAAAGAAAUUGCAGCUAGACAUCAUAAAAGCCCUGCCCAGGUCCUGAUCCGCUUUCUGAUCCAAAGAGACAUCAUUGUCAUUCCCAAGUCUGACAAACCACACCGUGUGGAGGAGAACAUGAAGGUGUUUGACUUUGAACUGUCUAAAAAAGAGAUGGAUGUCAUCCUCACCUUUAACAGGAACUGGAGGGCAGUUCCAGUGGUGCAAGCUGUGAACCACAAGGACUACCCAUUCAAAGCAGAGUAUUAAAGACAAGACCUCCAUUUACCUCCUUCCAGACUGGAUGUACUCUGCAGCUUCAUCUUGGUUUCUUCUCCUGUAAUUGAUAAUUGUUAUGAGCAGUUACUUUUUCCUCCUUUUUAAAGGAGACCACUAACUGAUGUAAGAAUGCAACAAUAUGGUUGGGUUUUUGUAAAGAUGCUUAGGAGAAAUCUGGUUUUGAUUAGCAGUAAAAAAGACAAUGCCUUUUCAUUUCCUUUUUUUCUGGUGUUCCUUAAUUAGAGACAUGUUUAACAAAAAACUAGUGACUUCCAUGGGGUUUUUUAAAUCUUACUUCCAGUGUGGUCAGUCAUGAGUUACUGUCAAAGAAUGUUCUAAUUACACGUUUUUUUUAUACAUCUGUGAUUUUUAUAGAGUGUAUUUCUAAUGCUUUAAAAUUUUAUAUGAAUAAAAUUUUAUCAAUAACAAAA